AUGCAGAGCACUCGUGCCUCCGGUGCACGCUUCAGGCAGAGGAAACUCUCGACCAAGCAUCCGCUUCAGGUUGUCAAGGAGAAUGAGAUAGAGACCUUUGCCAUCGAUGAAGACCCUCAACGCCACAUACCUCAUGUUGAGACUGGUGUAGAAAAGGCAGAGGAGACGGAACACCAUCUCCAGGCGGUCAUCUCUGCCUCUGCCGCUGCGUCGCUAGGUGCGAAAGUCAACCAAGUCUUUAUUCCUACUCCAGAGACGAAAUCCAGUGGUAUUCCUUAUGAUCAAUUGUAUCCGCGACAGUUUGCCGAACCUGCUACCUACAUUCGCUUCAGUUCGACGGUCGAGGACUGUAUUGGGCAUCAGUACAACAUUGACGAAGAGGACGAUGUCUUUCUGCUGAACUUCAACACUUCGAAGAAAGAUCAAGACAAACUCUCUGAAGACAUCUUCGAGGAGUCGAUGAGUUUUUUUGAACUCAAGUCAGAAAAGAAUCAUCCCUUCGCCAACAUUUCCAACGCUCCCAUCUUGACACUUGAGGAAGCCGAAGGCUACUUUGACGAUCCAGAGGACGAGACAAAUCUUUCUGUAGAAGCUCGCAAAUGGGCGAAAGAGGUCUACGAGCAUUGGCGUUCGAGGAGAGUACAGAACGGCAACCGCUCGUUGCUGUCGAAUCUCAAGUUCGAGACCGGUGCCGAUACUGACGACAACGACGCAUAUGUCUGUUUCAGACGUCGCGAAGUACGUCAGGCUCGCAAGACCAGAGGUAGAGAUGCACAAGUGACCGAAAAGCUCAAGAAGUUGAGAAGAGAACUUGAAGAUGCCAGGCAGCUUCUAAUAACUGUCAAUCAGCGCGAGCGGUUGGUCAAGGACAGGAUAGAGACAGAACGCAAGGUGUUCGAACAGCGCAGUGAGUUGAAGAGGGUCAAGGUGCAACAAGGGAUCAAAGGAGAAAAGGGAGAAGAUGAGGAACUUCUUGUUAACCAGAGGCCCACGCCCAAGCCCAGACCAGCAAAGGCCGAUGGACAACGACCCACGACUUUGCGUCUUCCCGGCAGGCCAGAAGCAGCCCGUGCACCAGAAAACGAUCUUGUGCAACUGUCAGACAUUCAGGAAGAAGCGGCGGCGGCGGUGCAGCGGUCAGUCGAAGAAAAGAUUGGCCAGCAUCGCAAGUGGAACAAGGACUGGGUGGACAACACCUGGGGUCCAAUUACUCCACCGGCCGAGCCUUCUUCAGCGUCUGGAUAUCUUCCACGCAUCGAAGAGAUUCAACUUCCAACGCCCCCAGCAUCCUUGCGAUCAGAGACAUCACAAGAUCAUGUCAAGGAUGUCGAGAUGAAAGACGCAGACCUGCCUACACCGGUCAGCGCUGCACAAGAACAACCACUUCGGACCAUGUUCCGCUUCAACUCUCCGCCACCAGAAGCAGGAUAUGAGAGACCAGCGUACAGGCGAAGAUAUGGUCGUAACGGACGCUUGUAUAUUGAACAACGCAAGCCGCGCAUGUUCGUGCAGAGCAAAGGAGUGAUAGGCGACUCUGACGACGAGAGUGAUGGUGAGACGGUCGUGUAUCCCAUGGAUUGCUACGACACAUUGGGCAUCAGCUACCGAGCGAGCAUUCUGGCGCCGCGAAGGCUAGCGGAGCCAGCAGCCGAGCAUGCGGUGCAUCUGAGGCGGACAGCAUCGAGCGGCGAUGUGGCAAUGGCAGGCGGGCAAUCCACAGCAGGCCAUGGAACCAGUCAUGGCCAGAGCGAGGGCGGCAGCUGA